AUAACAAUCACUAAGAUCUCUUGCCGGUCAAGAUGAGUUUGCUUUCUGGAUACAAUGCAACGAUAAGAUACUCUCUUUCCCGCAACACAUUCAAAUUCAUUUUCAAUCAUCCCAUAAUAAAGUCAUCUCACACCAUAGCCAACAAUACCCGACCUUCACAGAGGAUAGAGAAACUUAAACAACCAACGAUUCCUAUCGGCGAAGUUGUGGGCCAACUAGGAUCUUCGAGAGCAUUUCAUGAUUAUCGACAGUACACCAGAUCGGAGUCAUCUGUGAGCAAUCCUGCUAUAGUACCUUCAGCAAGUGAAAAGGAUCGGAUAAGUUUAUUCCGUGCUGGAGAAGAGGAUAGUCAGUCAAUACCAUCAUUUGAAGAAUUGAGGCCAUCGUUGAAAGAUUUAGCUCAACAUACAAAAAGUGAUGAAGGAGAUGAAAAAUCCUCAUUCAUUUGGCUAGAUGUCACAAAUCCAAGCAUUAAUGAAAUCAAAGAGAUCAGUCAUGCAUUCGGUCUACAUAGAUUAACAGUAGAAGAUGUGGUGGAAGCAGAAAUGAGAGAGAAGAUGGAAGAGUAUGAUAAUUAUACGUUCGUCGUUUAUGGCUCAUUCGAUUCGGACCCAAAAAGUGAAGUUUUCCUAGAGCCGGUCACAAUGUACAUCUUUGUAUUUCCUGGUGGGGUUGUAUCUAUGCAUGCAAAGCCACAAGCAGUCACAAAAAGGGUGAAAGACCGAUUGGUACGAUUACAGAAUCGAAGAAAGAUUACGUCUGAAUGGAUCUUGUAUGCGCUUCUAGAUGAAGCAACAGACGCAUUUAAUGAAGCAACUCGACCUCUCAAAGAUUCAAUUCGAUAUUUCACCACCAAUCUAACACAAGGCAUAAAAGGUAUCGAAGACAGUCGUACACUUCUUCAUAAAUUUGGCGAAACACAUCAAAGAGUACUUCAACUUAGAGAGCUUAUUGGCAGCAAAAAAGACGUAAUCAAAAAGUUGAUACAGCAGCACAAAUUGGUAGAAAACGACUCACAGGCAAAUGGCAGCUCAUCAGGAUUGAACGAGUACACGCUUCAUUACUCCGAUGUGGAAGAUCAUUUGAUUGCAUUUACUGAUACGUUGACCCGAUUAGAGGAGGCUUUAUUACAAAGUGAAGGGCAUUGUUUGACUCAGUUGAACAUUCAAAUGAUGCAUGCAAGUCAAGAGUCAAAUGAUGCUAUCUCCAAAUUGACAAUCUUGAGCACCGUCAUCUUACCUUUAAAUGUCGUGACAGGAUUAUGGGGGAUGAACGUGACCGUUCCUGGACAGGAUCAGGGUGAUUUGUUCUGGUUUUAUUCUCUGGUCGGCGUCAUGUCCAUUAUUGCAUCGAGCGGAUUUUGGUGGGCCAUGCGUUUUAUGCGGAAGCCGAGGAGGAAUUGACCUAAUUAAUAAUGUAUAUUGCAAUCUUCACAUCCUUUUAUGAAUACAAUAAUUGCAAUCAUACGGGGGAACUUUAACCCUUCCCUAUCCCUUCC